AUGGAAAAGAAGACAAGGCUGCAGCCGAUAAGCCACCCACUAAAAAUGGAGGAAAGCCUUAAAUUUUGGUCAGAUCCUGAUACUGAAGUGAAGCUAACAAAAGAUACUGGCGUUACUGUCUUUAGGAUGGGAAUUGGUUGGUCUAGGGUCAUGCCAGAAGAGCCUACCAAAGGGAUUAAGGACGCAGUUAACUUUGAGGCCCUCGAACACUAUAAAUGGAUACUCGGUAGAGUUCGGUCAAAUGGAAUGAAAGUGAUGCUAACUCUACUUCAUCAUUCAUUGCCACCUUGGGCUGCUGCUUAUGGUGGCUGGAAAAUUGAGAAGCCAGUCGACUACUUAUGGAGUUUACCAGACUCUUGGGUAACAUUUAAUGAACCCGAUGUCUUCACCAUGCUUACCUACAUGUGUGGAUCUUGGCCCAGUAACAAUCCUGAUUUUCUAGAGAUAGCUACAUCUACUCUACCUAUGGGUGUAUUUCAUCGAGCCUUACACUGGAUGGCUGUUGCUCACUCAAAGGCCUAUGACUACAUCCACGGGAAAAUUUGCUUGAGAAAACCUUUGGUAGGGGUUGCGCACCACGUCUCCUUUACACGGCCAUAUGGUCUCUUUGAUAUUGGAGCUGAAGCAGUGUCUGGUGUUGGACUAAAGCUUGUAGAGACUGAUGAAUACAGUGAAUCUGGAAGAGGGGUAUAUCCGGAUGAUGUGAUUCGACGACCUUACCUGAUCGAGCAUCUCCUUGCCAUUUGUGCUGCAAUGCUAAAGCGUUGUUGUGUUGGGCUGACCCCGCUUGUUUCGAGCCUGGCCUGUAAUGACCUUGAUCUAAGCUUCAAACCUGGCCAUGAUUUUGGCCCGCGGUCCAGCCUGGAAAAAUGGCGGGGUGUUCCGGUGCUCGGUUACAUGUUCUGGACUAUUUCUGACAACUGGGAAUGGGCAGAUGGAUAUGGUCCAAAAUUUGGGCUUGUUGCAGUUGACCGAGCCAAUAAUCUUGCCCGAACCCUUCGGCCAUCGUACCAUCUCUUUUCCAAGCCUCAGUGGAGACCGUUUGUUGACUGUGACUGGCGGUUUGGUCACUACCAAAUGGAUGGUCUUCAAGACCCGCUCAGUCGCGUGGCUCGUGCCCUUCUGAUAUGGCCGCUUGUCAUGAGAAAGAAGAUAAGAAAAGUUAAGGUCAAGCACACUGAUGAUUCUGGGUUCAGUCUACGACAUGCUUUGCUCUCACCCCCUUGA